AUGUCAAGAUUGAUUAAAAUAUGUGGACUACGAACUGCUGAAGCUGCAGAAGAGGCAGUCAAUCUGGGCGCAGACCUCCUCGGGGUGAUUAUGGUCCCAAACAGAAAAAGAAGUGUGACACCUGAGGUUGCCCUCGAAAUUUCAAAGAUUGCCAGAAACAAGAGAAAGCAAUUAAACCGGAAAUUUCAGACUUCGAAGGAAAUAUUGGAGUAUGUUCAGAGCCAAAAGUUUGAGCAUUUCGAUGAGUAUUUUAAGUUAUACCGUCAGUUGGUAGUCGAAAACGGCCCAUUCCUCGUUGGUGUUUUCAGAAACCAGGAUAUCGAAGAAGUGUUCAGACUAGCCAACGAAUAUGAGGUUGAUGUGAUCCAGUUGCAUGGUAGUGAAGAUGUGGAAGAAUACUUGGAGCGCAACGAGGAUGGAAAUUACGUGAUUGUGAAGAGAUACGUGAUUCCAAACAAUAUUCAAGCCAUGUCGGAUUUCUUUCAUAAAUUGACUGGAGUACCAAGUAAAGGAUUUGCCUUUCCUCUUUUGGAUUCAGAAGCAGGUGGCGAAGGAAAACCGAUCGACUGGACGCUUAUUAAUGAUCUCGAGGGUAAGUUUAUUUUGGCGGGGGGUUUACAUCCCGACAAUUUACAUGAAACGCUACCCUAUUCCAAGAACGUGAUCGGAUUUGACGUUAGUGGAGGAGUUGAAAAUGUGGAUGGUGAUAAAGACUUGAACAAAAUCAACCUGUUCAUUGUCAACGGCAAGCAGUUAGCAUAA